UCCUUAUUAGAUGGUCAUUUUACUUCCACUUUUGGUACGACACUCUUUCUUCCCAUGAUGUGUCAAUGGCUCUAUGUAUCCUAUCAUUUGUGACACAAUGCCUUCUAUAACACUGGAUAUUUACAAUCGGUAAUUAACUUAACGUGUAGCUAAAUCACUCAUGUUAAAAGUUUAUCUUUUAAAAAUGACUAAAUUCAUAAAAUAAUCUCUAGGUGUUUUUGACAAUCUGGUCCUAAGCGAUCUUUUUCUUUUUCACAGGGAAAUGGGGGAAAAUCAGACAACGGUCACAGAGUUCCUCCUACUGGGAUUUCUCCUGGGCCCAAGAAUUCAGCUGCUCCUCUUUGGCCUCUUGUCCCUGUUCCAUGUCUUCACCCUGCUGGGGAACGGGGCCAUCCUGGGGCUCAUCUCACUGGACUCCAGACUCCACACCCCCAUGUACUUCUUCCUCUCACACCUGGCUGUCGUCGACAUCGCUUAUGCUUGCAACAUGGUGCCCCAGAUGCUGGUGAACCUCCUGCAUCCAGCCAAGCCCAUCUCCUUUGCUGGCUGCAUGAUGCAGACCUUUCUCUGUUUGACUUGUGGACAUAGCGAAUGUCUCCUGUUGGUGGUGAUGUCCUACGAUCGUUAUGUGGCCAUCUGCCACCCUCUCCGAUAUUCCAUCAUCGUGACCUGGAGAGUCUGCAUCACCCUGGCCAUCACUUCUUGGACAUGUGGCUCCCUCCUGGCUCUGGUCCAUGUGGUUCUCAUCCUAAGACUGCCCUUCUGUGGGCCUCAUGAAAUCAACCACUUCUUUUGUGAAAUCCUGUCUGUCCUCAGGCUGGCCUGUGCUGACACCUGGCUCAAUCAGGUGAUCAUCUUUGCAGCCUGUGUGUUCUUCCUGGUGGGGCCGCUCUGCCUGGUGCUGGUCUCCUACUCACACAUCCUGACGGCCAUCCUGAGGAUCCAGUCUGGGGAGGGCCGCAGAAAGGCCUUCUCUACCUGUUCCUCCCACCUCUGCGUGGUGGGGCUCUUCUUUGGCAGCGCCAUCAUCAUGUACAUGGCCCCCAAGUCCCACCACCCUGAGGAGCUGCAGAAGGUACUUUUUCUAUUUUACAGUUUUUUCAACCCAACACUGAAUCCCCUGAUUUACAGCCUGAGGAACGCAGAGGUCAAGGGCGCCCUGAGGAGAGCAUUGUGCAAGGAAAAUCAUUCCCAACUGGUGUGA